CAAAAAGGAAGACGGCGGAGCUCAAACUGAAAGCUGUGAAUUCACUGCCAUUAAGGUCUGAACGCCUGAGCUGACAUGUUCACAGUGUGAAAAAAGGCUCCAGAUUCUCUUUGGCAGGUUGUAUCCUGACAGAUUAUUACAUUGCCUGCUGUGGAUCAGCCCGUGUGCUGGUCACUGCUGGGAUCUGGCUAUGAGGGAACCAACGCGACCAUUUCCUUUCCUUCUGUCCUGGAGAUAAACUCUGCAGUCAUGCCUGUGAGUCUGCUGCUGCUGCUGAUCAUCACUCUGCCGAAAGAUAUUUGGAUGCUGCCGGCUCCCAGCAGUGUUUUCAUGGAGUCUGUCGACAUGAGGCACAUGCUGAGGUGGCGCCCCCUGCAGGCUUCAUGCAACACUACUGUUUUGUACUCUGUCCAGUAUCAGGGCGAGUUUGAGCUGGAGCAUCAGAACGGCAGGUGGAUGGACGCUGCAGAGUGCCAGCUGAUCCCCGACACGUGCUGCGACCUGACCUCUGACCUGGGAUCAGACUCUGACUACAACAUCCAGGUCGGAGCGCAGUGCGGCUCGCGGCGCUCGGCCUGGACCAAACUCAGCCGACCCUUCAACAGGAGACAAACCAAUCUGAUGGUGCCGAAGAUGACAGUUAGGCCAGCAGGUGGCGCGCUUCAGGUGUCCUUUGACAGCCUUCCUGUGACCUCCACCGUUGAUGUGACCGUUUGGAAAAAAGGCAACGAGCUGCAGGCUGUCGUGCACUCAGUGCCCGCCGAGCAGGCGGAGCUGAACAUCGCCGACCUGCAGGAGGGAGCGGUGUACUGCAUCACAGCCCAGACUGUACUGAGCUCGACGCUCCGCAGCAACAACACUGCCCCCCAGUGUGUGUCCAUCACAGGUCCAGGCGCUCCUCCGUGGAAGACUCCGACCACGCUGACGGCCACUGUCAUCGUCACGGCGGGACUCCUGUUUGCUUUAUUCUGGUCCAUCGUUCACUGCCGCCCAGAAAGCUGCAAAAAGUAUUUCCAGAAAGACCCUCUGCCUCAGUCACUGAGAGGUAACUGGGACAUUCAGAUCCCAGUGAGCCCUCAGGAGAAGGAGCCCUGUGAGCAGAUGGUGGUUGAUGUUGCACUGAUAACACAUAAGGAAGACUAAACCUAAGGACUUCCCAUUAGCCUCGGACUUUAUCCAUCCAAGCUCUCAGAGGAAGACUGCAGAAGAGGAAAGAGCAUCACACUAAUGACCUGCACCUCAGCUGCUGGAGGGUCCCACUGAGCAGCAGCAGCAUUUUGUUGGUCCGUUUAUGACUUGCUGAGCAGAGUUGGAGGAGGAUCGUGAGGCUCCUGUGAUUUCUGUUUUAUCGAUGAAGAUGAUGUUUCCUGGUGGCUUCUCUCCAGAGGGAACACUCAGGGAACGUGUCAAUUCAAUUUUAUUUAUAUAGCGCCAAAUCACAACAAACAGUCGCCUCAAGGCGCUUUGUA